AUGAGCAUGAACAAUAACAACAACAAUACCAUUUCAUCAUCACCAUCACUUGCUUUGACACUCUCUCAUCAGAAUGAAGAUCUUAUCGUACAAGCUAUUAUACACCGAAGACAAGAUCAAUCUUCAAUGUCUUCGGAUGAAACUUUUAACCGAAUGAAAUGUGUGGAUGAAUUUUCUUCUCUCAUGAAACAAUACAUUCAAUUAGAGCAAUCCAUCAAAGAAGGAUCAAGUAUAGAAAAUAUUAAAACAGAACAAUUGCAUUGUAUUCAUCAAUUAAAUCAAUAUCAAUAUAAUACCUCUAUAUUAUUAUCAUCAUUAUCACAAGAUUAUGAGCAACAAUUACAAGAGAUACAAGAUCGACUUCAAAAAGUGAAAACACAAAUACAUGAACACAAGAAUGAUAUCAUACCUUCAUUAAAUCAAGAAUUAGAAAAUCAAAGAAAAUAUAAACAAUUUAAUGAAGAAUAUAAUUUAAUAUCAGAAAAUAUUUUGAAAAAACCAUCCACACAAGAAUUACAACAUCAAAAACAAUUAUCAUUGGACCAAGUAGAACGUAUGAAACAAGAAGGAGAUGAAAAGAAGAAGAAAAUUGAAUAUUAUGAAAAACAAAUGGAAUUAUUGUUUGUGGCAACUAGUGAUUUAUUAUCAACAUUUAAAGUUCAAUAA